GUUAUUUUAGUCUUAUCAUUCAUUUAACAUUAUGGCGUUAGUCGUUAAAAAGGUGCAAAAAUUAUUCGGGAAAGAAGAGCCGGCGUACGAGGAGGAUAUAUAUAUCGGUAGACAGAAAUGGAGCAGUCAUUUAGAAUUUAUUUUGGCGUGCGUGGGAUGUUCCGUCGGAAUCGGGAAUGUUUGGCGUUUUCCGACAACGUGUUACGAAAAUGGCGGAGGCGCUUUCCUGAUUCCUUAUCUUUUUAUGCUAUUAACGAUUGGCAAACCCAUGUAUUUGAUGGAGCUCGGUAUGGGACAAUUUACUAGGCAGGGACCACCAGGCUGUUUCAACUUUGUACCCAUAGCGAAAGGUUGUGGAUUUGCCAUGCUUCUAAUCUCGAUUAACGUGGCCAUCUACUAUAACGUUAUAAUGGUUUUUACUUUAUAUUACAGCUUUGCUUCGUUACAAAAAAAAUUGCCGUGGACACACUGCGGAAAUAGUUUUAAUACACCGAAUUGUCUGGAAUUCAAUUAUACCAAUCCCAAUGAAUUCAGGCCCGAAAAUGCUACGACUCCUACGGAAGAAUAUUGGGAACGCAAAGUUUUGGAAAGUUAUAAAUCGUCGGGGAUUGAUGAUAUAGGCAUGAUUAAAAUGGAUUUACUAAUAUGGUUAGCCAUAUCUUGGCUCAUUGUGUUUUUAAUAUUGUUUAAAGGAGUAAACGUUACCGGGAAAGUUGUCUACGUGACGGCUACUAUGCCCUAUUUCAUACUGUCAAUUUUACUCAUAAAGGGAUUAACCUUGAAGGGAUCCGGUGUUGGUAUAUCGUAUUUCCUUUAUCCAGAAUUCAAAAAGUUACUUAGCCCUAUCGUAUGGCAAAAAGCAGCCGGGCAAAUGUUUUUUUCACUGAGCGUGACUAUGGGAGGUCUCCAGACCUUAUCUAGUUACAUCUCUUUCAAUAACAACUGUCACAGGGACGCAAUCAUGGUAAGUUUAUUGGACACGUUCACGAGUCUCAUGGCGGGAUUCGUAAUAUUUUCCAUUCUCGGGUUCAUGGCAAAAUUAAAGCACACAACUGUCGAUAAAGUUGUCGCUGGGGGUGUCGGUUUAGCUUUCAUCGUGUAUCCCGAAGCUCUUUCGCAACUACCCGUUCCUCAGUUUUGGAAUCUGAUCUUCUUUAUCAUGUUAUAUACGCUGGGCAUUGAUAGCCAAAUAAUGUUUAUAGAAACGGUUCAGGCAGCUCUGCACGAUCAAUUUCCUAGCAAUUUUCCGAGGAAGAACAAAUCGUUAAUAUGUGGCGCCCUAUGCUUUGGGUGCUUUAUUUUAGGAUUCCCUUGCCUGACUAGGGGUGGCAUGCUCGUUUUGGAUAUUAUGGAUCAUUAUUGCGCCAACAUAUGUUGCGUGAUUGUUGGCAUUGUCGAAGUACUGGCUAUAAUGUGGUUGUACGGAUUUGAAAAAUUUACCAAAGAUAUAUCUUACAUGCUAGGAUUCGAAUUGCCGCACAAGAGAUAUUGGCAAAUAUCAUGGGCAUAUAUCGCACCUACAGGAUUAAUAUUUGUGUGUGGGGCGUAUUUUGUGCAAAGCAUAUUUAUUGAACGAAGAUUGAUUUCGGGAAGUUAUGUCUACCCUGUAUGGGCUCAAUUUAUUGGUUGGACCUUAUUUUGCGUCAUUAUUUUUCAGAUCCCCUUAUGGGCAUAUUUGCGAAUGAGGAAAGUUGACGGAGAUUCUUUCACGGAAAAAUUCCAUAAUGCGGUAAAACCCUCGCCUUCCUUCGAUGAAAUUAGACCGAAAUCCGCGAGCGAUGAACCCGGGUAUCACGACAAAGGACACGACAAUCCCUUGGCGCUCACGAAUUUGCAAGAUGAAAAUUAAAUGCCCACCGAACAUUUAGUCAAAAAUAUUUAUAUAAAUUUUUUUUAAUUUGAUCAAUAUUUUAUAAUUUUUUUGUUUUUGCGCCAUGCAAAUUGUAACCACAAUGUAUAAUAUUUAAUUAUUAUUUUUUUUUCUAUAUUAAAAUUUGGCUUAAUAAAUUUUUA